UCUUGCUGUUCUUUCCAUUGCUCUGGAUCAUCUACGCAUUGCCCUCAUCAUCCAUUCAGCUCUGACUUCGCUACCUUACAUUUCCGGAAGAAGAAGGUGGUGAAGAUACUACAUGUCGCACAGCAUGAAGAUCGCCAUCGCUCUGCUGUCCCUCUCUGCGGGAUGGGUCAGCGAUGCAACCUCAGUGCCCCGCCAUGGCAAAUCGGCCUGUCAACAGCUCGCUGUCAAGUUCUCUACCAAGACAUAUUUCCCGGGAUCGAAAAACUACACGCACUAUGCCGAAGAGGAGAUCAACUCGGCAACCUGCGUUCUAGACCCGGGCUGCGUCUUCACGCCCACGAGUGCACGGGAUGUUGCCGACGCCCUCCGAAUUAUCCGGGACACGCGGACCACCUUCAGCGUGGUCAGCGGCGGGCACAUGCCCGUCCCGGGGGCGCAGUCGAAUAACGGCGGCGUGAUGAUCGCCAUGGCCAACAUCAACGCAAAGACCCUCAACGCCGACAAGUCGGUGGCCUCGAUUGGCCCCGGGAACCGCUGGAUCGAGGUAUACCAGUGGAUCUCGCCGUAUGGGCUCGCUGUCGCCGGCGGGCGGUACUCGGAUGUCGGAGUAGGAGGCCUGCUCGUUGGCGGUGGCAUCAAUUACUUUGGCAAUCAAGUCGGCUGGAGUGUGAACACACUCGUGGGAGUGCAGGUCGUCCUGGGUGACGGGUCCAUCAUUGAGGCCAACAAGCACAAGAACGAGGAUCUGUUCUGGGCGCUUAAGGGCGGUGGCAACAAUUUCGGUAUUGUCACGCGCUACGACAUGACCACCAUCCCCCUGACGGCGGCCUACGGCGGCCUGAUUGCCUGGCAGGGCCUGGAACACACAGCGCAGUUUAUCCAAGCCACCCAGGACUUCCUCGUGUCACCCGACGGCAUCGGCGACCCCUUCACGGAGAUCAAUCCUACUGUGACUCUCUACCCGAACCAGACGGGCGGUGCUCUCUGGCAGCCCGUCUUCAACCCCUUCGUGUCCGGCAACUACUCGGGUGUGCCUCGCAGUAUACAAAACUACACCAACAUCCCGAACCCGGUGGGCAACCUCCUCGGCCAGGAGGCUGACUGGGUCAAUAACCCAAUUAAGGUGGAUUCGGUCAACACCGUCGACGUCAAUGGCCACGGCCAGAUGUUUGGUUGCCUGGCGGCCAGGAUUGCACCCGGCCUGGUCCAGCUGCACGUCGACACCAUCCUGAAGCCUGCCAUUACGGCGCUGGCCAAUGUCAAAGACGCCUUUGUCGCCGUCAGCCCCGAGCCCAUCAGCAAGGCUUAUCUUGAGGCCGCGCGCAGGUCGGGCGAGUACGCGAUUGACCUGGAUCCCGCCGAUGGGCCCUUUGUCGUUCUCCUCACCAGCCUCAGUUGGGCCGACCCUGCCGACGACGAGACCAUGCUGAAGUUUAUGGAAACGACGCUCGCCAGCCUCAAGGCUGAACUGAUCAAGCGCGGCAUCUUUUAUGACUACAUCUACCUAAACGACGCUGCGCCCGGCCAGAAACCGUUCCCCACCUACGGUAAGGGUAAGAGCCUGCCGCGCCUGAAGCGGGUUCAGGCCAAGUAUGACCGGUUCGGAGUCUUUAAAAACUUGAUCACGAGUGGCUUUAAGCUAUAAGGGGAUCUAUAAAUGUGUGCAGGGUGGAAGAGUUUGAUUUUUGUCUUCGAAUUCAAGGUAGAGUUUUAGAGUUGGGUGAUUGUAUUACUAGCGCUAACGUUAACUACUAGUAACAUUAGUGUCUUGUUUUUAGUUCGCUGUCAUCUCUUAGAUGCAGCAUCCUAUUUAGCUUGAUUUAAACUUUCAUUUCAGG